AAUCAAAUAAUAAUUCUCAUUCAUCAUCGUCUUUUCUCACUCUCUUCACUUUCGUUCCUUUUAUUUUUUUGGCACCCAAAAUAUCACCAAUCGUGCUUCUUCCUUCUUCGUCUUCUUAUACCUAUUUCUUCCAACUCUUUGCCUUUCGUUCUUCACUUUCCCCCCUUUUUGUUUUUAAUUUUUAAUUUUCUCUCCUUUGCUUUAUUCAUUCCUAAUCAACAACAAAAAACUAGCCUGAAAUUUACGAUUUCUCUCUCUUUUUUUCUUUUUUGUAUUUUUUUUUUAAUUUUUGAGGUUGAGGGUGAGAAGGAGAAGGGGGAGAAUGUCGAAGAAGAAAGUCAGUGGAAGCACUAUGACGCUCAAGGACUUCCAUGGCGGUUCUAUACCCUCUGAUCUCCCUCUCCCUUCUGCUCCCGGCGUAACUGUGAGGACUUCAGAUCGUCCUGGUUAUGAUCGGUCUGCAUCGUGGGGGACCUCGAUGGGGCGGCCGGAUCAUUGGUCUCGGCCCCACACAUCCCCGGCAACUAGGCAUUAUGAUGACAAAUCACCGUUUCUCCCACACACUGCCCCAAUUGGCAGGAAUUUUGAUGAGGAUGAGAGGAAGCCGUUGGAUGGUAAUUCGGCCCCACGAAGAACAAUUAGUGAUGAGAGCAUCCGUGCUCCUCUGUCUUCUCGUGUUGAAGUGAUUCGCGGGAGUUCGUUGAGUAGGCAAGUGGCUCCAGUGUCUCCUGUUGAGAGUGUUAAUUCGUACUCAGCAAGGGUUUCUGAGACAGUUCAUGUGGGAAUUAGUUCCCAUAGUUUUGGAGGUAGUAAAGAGCAUGGAUCAACUGGUGCUGCUGGUGGUGGCGGUUAUCCAAAUGCGUGGUCGAUGAGGAAGGAGGUUGCUGGUGCUGUUGAGCCAGAGCAAUCUGCUUGGUCUAGUGCUAAUGCUGUUUCCAAGUUGGCGCAUGCAAGUGCCCUUGAUAAGGUGUCUUCGGGUAGAUGGCAGUCUAAGGCAGUCCAAUAUCAGACUGAUGCUGAGGUGGUUAGAUCUUCCGAAGUGGAGAAUAAUAGACCACGUGGAUUUAUUAAUGGCAAUAUUCCUUACAAUAGGAUGAAUACAGUAGGUGAAAAGGAGCAUUGUGAUGAAAUGCUAGCAAGACAUGCUGAAAGGGGUUUAGGUAUUGAUAACCAGAUGCAAGGUGGUAGGAAUGAGUUAUUAUUCGAACAUGAAAGGUCUGGGGUUUCUAAGUAUUCAGAUGUACGGACAAGAAGUGUAGCUCAGUUUUCUGAUGGGGUUCUGCCUGCCCGAACUGAUGGCAAAGUUGUUGGCUCUGAAUUGCAGCAGCCGAUAGCUUCUGAACCAAUUGAGCGACCUAAAUUGAAGUUGCUUCCAAGAACAAAGCCACUUGAAAGUUCAGAACCUUCUAUUACAGAACAUCCGCAGGGAUAUCGUCAAGUUAAUGAUCCUAGCCGUGUUGAAACUGUUUAUCAGGGACAUGGACUGGCCAAUUUUGUGAGGCCUGUAUCGGCUGGAACUGAGAGUGGGAAGGAUCCAGGACAGCGCCCAAAGCUGAACCUGAAACCUCUGAAGCCUCGAUCUGAGGUCCAAGAACAGUUGGAAGGAAACAAUGAAAGAGACAGGAAUGCUUUAUUCGGUGGAGCUCGCCCUCGAGAACUAGUUUUGAAGGAGCGAGGGGUUGAUGACGUUGCAAUAAAAAACUAUGAUGUGGUUGAGAAUUCAAAUAGGGUUGAACAAAAUAUUCCUAGGUCCGAGAAACUUCAUGAUCAUUCAAUCCAGAGUCGAUAUGGUGAAAAAACCGAGGAUGGUCUCAAUCAAAGAACAGGCAGAAAACCAGAAAGGAAGGAGCAAAAGGUAGAUGGCGAGAGGGUUCUUGGACAGAGGAAGAAUUGGCGUGCUGGUGAUAGUAAUCGGAGAAACUCAAGGGAGACCGAUAGGCAGCAAGUCUCUGAGAGGCAACCUUCACCUGAAACAUGGCGCAAGCCGGUGGAAUCAUCUCAAGGUGCAGCUGGCGGACGCCAUGGUAGAGCAGCUUCAGCCGUUGAACUUGCACAAGCAUUCUCCAAAUCUGUAUCAGAUCCCAAAGUAAAUGAUAGGUUUUCGGGUCAGAGGGGUUUGAACACUGGAAGGACACAAAUGCCCUUUUCGCGGCUUGUUGGUCCUACUUCAAGGCCUCAGAUCAAUGGUUAUUAAGUGUUUGGUGGAAAUUUGGGGUUCAUUGGAGACUUCUCUUAGAGACAGCAUUUGAUUUAUGCAAACUAUGGAAUUGCUGAUCAUUCCAUGAAGUGAUUGUAGUUUUAGUUAUUUUCCUCUCGUUCAUGAACUUGAGUGAAGACAAUUAAAACAGUUGAUAGUUACAAAUUGUGAUGCAUUUCUUAUGACAAUGUCAAUUUACAAUUGCCAUGUUUUUCUUCUUUUUCAAGACACUUAUCAUUUGCUACCAA